AAAUGGACCAAUCUGCACAACGACUACUUUUACUGUCUUUCACUAUAUUUAGAUGAGAAUACUUUCAUGAUCAAUCACAUACAUGUUGAUCAUUUAACUGCAGUUUCCUUCCUCAGUGUUUGCUUCGUGGGCUCAAUCCAGUUGCUCAACGUGAGCGUAACAUAUAUAAAUGUGUAUCUACAUUUUUAUGCAUAUACAUUUAUAUAUACAGUAUAUAUAAAUGUAUAAAUACAUAUAUAUAUGUAAAUAUAGUUGUAAAAAAAGUGGUUUCAAAAUAUUGUUUCAAACAUCAAGUAGAUAUCGAACACACCCUAAAAUGGCAUUUUUCUUUGCAAAAUAUUGAUGUUGUAAAAAGUUUCCUGUUAGAAAGAAAUGCACUGCUGACUUCUGCCUUUCUGCUUUUUCUUGAUUUUCUCCCAGAGUUGAUGUUGAGGGCAAAGCCUGCAGAAGACGUCACUCUUCCGUGCAACAGCUCCAGAGAUGCUGCCAUCACAAAGUUAGAAUGGAACAGAACUGAGCUGAAGCACUACGUCUUCUACUUCAGCGAUAACAGGCAGAAUGAAAACUACCAGGAUCCACGUUAUCACGGUCGUGUUCAGCUGAAAGAUCCAAAGAUGAAGAACGGAAACGCUUCUGUUCUCCUGAAGAACGUCGGCAUCGACGACACAGGAACGUACGAGUGUUGGGUUAUAACUCACUCCAAUAAUCGCAGGAAGAGAAACGAGAGAGAGUUGGUGCGCUCCGUCAAUCUGAUCGUCUCUGAAGGGUCUGAGAAGCACCUGAAGAAUGGAGACGCCAACGAUGAACAACCAGAGGGUUCAGGAGGACACGUUGUGUUGGGAGCUAGUUUGGGACUGGUUUUCUCAUCGUUGGUGUUGUACUUGUAAAAUGUCCAAGAGCUAAAGAGAAGAGAUCAUUAGAGAGAGUCGAUGAAGAGGAAGUGAUCAAACUGAACCCCUUAGAUGUCAAAGACCUCUUCACACCUGACUGUCCUCCAUCCCCUGCUUCUCCUCUCCUGAAUGUCCACGUUGUCGUGGUGGAGGGUCUUGAUGAAUAACCCAACCACCUGCUCUACCUGAGGGGCUCACUACUAUCAGUCAGAUUACAGGGAUAUCAGGUGCUCACGCUGCAGACACACGCUGCUCCGGACCACGUUGUGUUCAGGGCUUAACAUCAGCAAAUACCUCCGUUCUGUACCUACUUGAAAUAUUAAAUUAAAUAUAAAUGAAUGUACAGUCAGACUAUGAGAGGUAAUAUUAUCAGCUGAAGGAAUACGUUACAUUAAUGUCUCAUAUAACACUGUGCAGUUACAGUCAACUGUAUGCAACAUCUAUCAGUGAUUUGCAUCAGAACAAGAUAUCAGAUUGUUAUGUUAUCUUUUUCAUUUACCUCUUUUAGGGAUUUCUUUGUUGUUUUUAUCUUUCAGUUUUGUUUGUUUUUCAAUAACAAAUGUAUUUUAUAUAUAUAUAUAAGAAAUAUAUAUAUAUAUAUAUGUUAAUAAUUUAGUUUUUGGGAGAAGGGGUGAUUAAAUAAGUGUAAACUUCUUCUCACGCAUUUUUGGAUGUGUAAUUAAGAAGAUCAUUUGAUUAUAUAUAAUUUAUAGGUCAGUAAUAUUUCUGUUUAUACACAGCUGAUAGAAAGGGACACCUGGUGGUCAAAGCACGUUAUUGAAUUGUAUUAUUUCAUUAUUAGAUAUUAAUAGGAGGAUGUGCAAAACAGACAAACUAAUAAGGCUUAAUUUAAACAUUAAAGAGUACUUUAG